CAACUGCCUAGCAACCACCUAGAACACCCUAGCAAUGCCUUAGCAACCACUCAGAACAUCCUAGCAACCAUCUAAAAAUGGUUUAGCAACAGCUAAGUGGUCGACCUAGCAACCACUCAGAACACCCUAUAGCAACCGCCUAGCAACCCCUUAGCAAUGACUCAGAACACCCUAGCAACCGCCGAGCAACCACUCAGAACACCCUAGCAACCACCUAACAAGAAACAUGCCAAUCCACUAGAAACCUGCUAACCCUUGUGUACUUAUCUAUCUAUACCAACUGUUUCAAACUUCUUCAAAACUACUUCAAUUUUUAUAGCUACUUCAAACUUUCACACUAGACUUUCUCAAGACAUCAUUAAGUUUUGUUUAUGAAAUUUAAUUUUCUAGUUUGGAUAUAUUGUCAUAUAUAUUAGAUUUCUAUAUGGGAACAGUUUAGGUUUUGGCGGUGGACAAGGUUCUGGGAUAAGAAUAUAUUAAAAAAAAUAUACCAAAAGAUAAUAAAAAGAUGAGUGUAGUGCACCUUUAAUUUCUAAAUGUCACUUUAUGUAUUGCUUUUUCCUGUACACCAAUUCUUCUCUCAGGGAUUCGUGUCUCCAAUAAAGCGCCUAGUGUUCCCUAAAUCUAGCCGGCGACAGGUGGACAAAGGCAGUGUUUACCGCAGACCCCUUCACACCGUCCCGCUUUACCCACCUGACUACCUCAUCCACCCAGAGAGACUCAUCUAUGACUAUGUGGAGAAGGAGGUCAAGUUCCUGGGACACCUGACAUGGGUGUCCUGUUCCCUGAACCCAUCCAGCAGAGACGAGCUGCUGCAGCUUCUGGACACAGCCAGGAAGCUGAGGGUUUUACCUCUGAAGACCAGUGUUGAACAGGACUGUAUUCUCAGUCUGUCUGCUCGCUGUCUGCUGCUUACCUGGAGAGACAAUGAAAAACUGCUGCUGAGGAUCCCUACACAUGAAAUUGCUGCUGCCUCCUACCUGCGGGAUGAUGCACUGCAUCUGCUGGUGCUCAAAACUGGUCUGAAUGUGGACACUGUACUAGCUGGUGACAGUCUAGAGAACAGGCCGACUGGUCUGGAGAGCCGCAGGCAAACUAUAAGCAACACUGACCCCAGGCCAGCAGGAGGCACCAUGGAGCGCCGCCAUACCAUCUGUGGUGUAGACUGGAAACUCUCAACCCGGCAUGAACCCAAACAGGGUAGUGUGGGUGGAGGAGCUGGACCUGGGGGUGUCGCUGGUGGUGAUGGGGGCAGCCUGGAACGGAAGCGUGUGAGCGGGAGCUGGGAGAGUAGACAGACCCGGAAGCCAUGCGGAGGUAGCUGGGAGAAAAGGCCCGUGAGUGGGAGCUGGGACCGGAGGCCUGUAGGGGGCAGCUGGGAGCGACGGGGAGGUGUAGGUGUGGUUGGAGGAAGCUGGGAGAAGAGGCACGGGCCUGGAGGGAAACCUGGAGGAAGCUGGGAACGAAAACACACGCCGGGUGGCAGCUGGGAACGCAGGCAGGCUUGCACAGGGAGUUGGGAAAGGGGGAAGUCCUAUGGUAGCUGGGAGAGGAGGAACCAUAAUCCCCUGGAGCCAAUGCCAUGCCCUGAUGCCUACUGCAACCUCAUCAUACUGGCCGUAGAGAACAGGGAUGCUGCAGAGGAGUAUUGCGCCCUCAUCUGUCAGAUGUUUCAAAUCAUCUAUGGACAUCAGACUAUCGAGUGUGUGGACAGGGCGGGUUUUCACUACACCAUGCCUGACCGCUAUUGGCUGCAGAGGAGUGACAGCUGCCUCACUGACAUGACAUAUGGCUAUGACACAGACUUCAGCUGCUGCAGUUCAUAUGAUGGUUCACAGGAAGCAUUUGAUCCGUAUUAUAGUGAGAAUUACAGCGAAUGCUCAUCUCUGUCCUGCCAUGACUCACACCGGAGCCUGGCAUCCACACACAGCGACUCUGAGCCCUGCACUGCCAGUCUGCAGGAGUACAUGAUUAUUUUGAGGAGUAAACUGACACCUCAGGAGAUUCAGCAGUUUGCUCUCUUACUGAGGGAAUACAGACUUGGUGCUCCAAUAGAACAGUUUUGCACUGACCUGCUGCAGCUCUAUGGAGACUCACGCAAGUUCCUGCUACUUGGAAUGAGGCCCUUUAUUCCAGAUAAGGAUGUAGGAGUGUUUGAAACAUUUCUGGAAGACAUUGGGAUCCGAGAGGGAGGGAUUUUGACGGACAGUUUUGGCCGGAUCAAACGGAGCAUGAGCAACACCUCCGCCACAGCAGUGCGUGGAUACGAUGGCUGGAACAUCCCGUCUGGAUCCCAGGAUUUCAACCGCAGAAUUGAUGACAUCACACACAACAUUGAGGCUUUGGGCUUCGAGGAGGUCAAUGGAGACAUAGAGGAGGAGGAUUAUUACUUGUGAACCAAACAGAACGAACUGAGGGAAUAAUAAUAUGUCCGCUGUGUUUUAUACAUGUUUUUUAACUAUUGUGAUUUUUAUUUGUGAGAGUAUUUGAAUUGUUGCACUGGACCGUUUACACUGUUAGACAUUUUAUUGCCUUUUUGCGGUAACUUACCUUUUUUUACUUAAUUUACCACAACUGCCCUUUACCUGUAAAUGUGUUUUAUAGUAUCAUGGCCCUACCACAAUUUUAUUUUAUAUUAAAGUAGCCUUUCCCCAACUUCUUUUUAUUGUAAAAUGCUCUUUCACUACAUCUUAAUUUUAAAGGAUCACAUCAAUUUUACAGUUUUUUUGCUGUAAUUUAUUUACAUUUUACACUGGCAGUACAAAACCUUAAUUUAAUAAAUUCCAAACAAGUGACAGGCUCAUGUGAAACAGGCUCAUGUUUUUUUAUUAUUAAUUGUUAUUAUGUUCAUUUUAAAUGGUUUACACAAGUAAAUUUCGUUGAUCAAUUUAUUUUAAAUGCAUUUUGUGAUACAAGAUGUUAAUUAAUAUUUAUAUCACUAACUGUCCUAUUUUUGUCUCUAACUACAGUAGCAG